UUUGUCUCAUUCUUUUCCUAAGGUUCAAAUGUGGAAAUUGCCCUGGAUGUGGUUGCUGCUGCCGCUCUGGGAAAAUGCCUUGAUAGGAAAUUAACACCAUUCAGUGAUGGGCUGUGGGACAAGCAAAGUGCUUCCCGAGCCCCCCAGAGAUGUGCAGUUAGAUCUGGUGAAAAAAGUUGAACCUUACACAGGCCACAGUGAGAUAUACAAGCAUUUCAUCAAGGAUGACUGCGGGAUCAAAGCUGGCUCUCCCUCACCUCCACAGCAUGCUAACCCGUACCCUGGGAACCACUUGCCUAUCCACUUGGACCAGCCUGAGCCCCGCAAGAACAAAGUGGCUAAAUACCGUGCCAAGUUUGACCCCAGAGUGACAGCAAAGUAUGACAUUAAAGCCCUGAUUGGGAGAGGGAGUUUUAGCCGCGUUGUACGGGUGGAACACAAGGCCACCAAGCAGCCCUACGCCAUCAAGAUGAUAGAGACCAAAUAUCGGGAGGGGAGGGAAGUGUGUGAGUCGGAGCUUAGUGUGCUACGGCGGGUUCGCCACACCAACAUCAUUCAGCUCAUUGAGGUGUUUGAGACCCAGGACCGUGUGUACAUGGUGAUGGAAUUGGCAACUGGAGGAGAACUGUUUGAUCGAAUCAUUGCUAAGGGCUCCUUCACUGAGAGAGAUGCUACACGCGUGCUGCAGAUGGUGUUGGAUGGUGUGAAGUAUCUGCAUACGCUGGGUAUCACACACCGGGACUUAAAACCGGAGAAUCUGCUGUAUUACCAUCCCGGAACAGAUUCCAAAAUCAUGAUUACAGACUUUGGGCUGGCGAGUGCUCGGAAGAAGGGAGAUGACUGCCUGAUGAAAACCACGUGUGGGACCCCGGAGUACAUUGCUCCCGAGAUCCUGGUCAGGAAGCCAUACACGAACUCUGUGGACAUGUGGGCGCUGGGUGUCAUCUCCUACAUUCUCCUCAGUGGCACUAUGCCCUUUGAAGAUGACAACCGCACCCGCUUGUAUCGGCAGAUCCUGAAAGGAAAAUACAGUUACUCAGGCGAGCCCUGGCCCAGUGUUUCCAACCUGGCCAAGGAUUUCAUUGAUCGUCUACUCACGGUGGACCCCAGUGACAGGAUGACAGCCCUUCAGGCCCUGAAGCACCCAUGGGUGGUCAGCAUGGCAGCCUCUUCCUCCAUGAAGAACCUACACCGUUCCAUCUCGCAGAACCUUCUCAAGAGGGCGUCUUCCCGCUGCCAGAGCACCAAGUCCGCCCAGUCCACCCGCUCCAGCCGCUCCACCAAAUCCAACAAGUCACGGCGGGUUCGGGAACGGGAGCUGCGUGAGCUCAACCUGCGCUACCAGCAGCAGUACACUGGCUGAGCACUGGGCUGGGACCUGCCAGGCAUCUUCACACAUGUCUUCUCUGCAGUGUAGGUGUGCAGCAUCCACACACUCAAUGAGGAACAUCUAGGUUCCUCCUUCUCUCCCUCCAGGUGUCCCCCGCCAUGAGGAGGUGUCCUUACCAUGAGGAACCUCGUCAUGGCUAUUACCCUGCAAGCUGUGCCACAGGGGUCUUGUGUCUGAAAUGGGGGAGCCCUUGUGGAUCAGAGCACAACUCAAGAGUCUCAAGUAAUACACAAAUUAAGGAGCCACAUGGGGAGAAAAGCUCAUUCUGUAGUCCAGGAGCUUGGUUGUUCAUAGUUAUUUAUUAAUUCCAGAGCAUUAAGUUUCUCUCGCAUAUAAAAAAGGAAGGAAUCACUUUUAAGUUGAUGCACACACACCUUAAGUGUGUGCACAGACACGUGUGGGUGUGUAUCUGGUUUGAAAAUGAUACAUACACAGAGUUGGAGCAGGUUUAGUUGGAUCUGUGGUGCCUUGGUAGUGAGGCUGUUAUGAAUCAUAGCAUCAGAAGUAGGAUAGCUCUGAUUCACUAGUGUGCUGCACACCAACUCCUCGCUGAAGUGAUGCCAGUUUUCUGGGAUGUCUGGGAAGCUGUGAGGUUUCUCCAAGGGCUGCCAUCCACUCACAGCAUUGAGGGAUUACUGGAGCUGCACCAGAGCUGCUGUGCAAUUUGGGAACAAGGCUGAAAUGCUGUGAGCUCGGAGCUUAGAGUCUGGCUCCUUGGAUCUGGACAAGGGGUGCUACUGGUGGAAGGGUGGGAAGAUGAUCAUUGUCCUGCAGGAACUUAAUGGUACACAGAUGUCUUUGGCAAGGCAGGAUUUUGGGGGGUUCCUUGCUGUCUCUCUUGAAUUAGCCCUCCCAUAUUUGCAUCAAGAACAGCGCCUCCCAGGCAGGGUUUGUUCUUGCCGUGACCUGCCCCUGUCACAUGUGUUUUUUGCCCCUAACACCAGCAUUACCAACUGUGUCACUUCACCAAAGCUUUAGUGGUUCCAGGUCUUGCUCUCUGCAGGUUUUACAAGGCUCCCCUGCUUGCAUGCCUACUUUGCCCUGGUACUGCUGUCCCUGCUCUGGGACAGUGAAGUGGUGGUGGGAGAUGUUGGGAUAGCCAUAAAUGGCUCCAUAGCAUCAGGGUAGGGGUUUGAGUAUUGGAGGCCCAGUCCUGGAGUGUCAGCAGUGACAAUACCCUGGAGAUACUAUGUUAACACUUUAGAUCUGCUGGGGGGUGACUUAAAUUCAACAGGAAAAAAGCUGCCUUUCAGUUUUCUUGGGCUGUGUGUCCGCUGUGGGGGCCUCUUGUGAAGGACCUUGCAGGGGAGGUGGGAGCUUUAGAGCUGAGCUUUGUGCAAGCCUGCUGAGAUACCUCCCCAACUAGUUAGAGCAGUACAUGGGGCUGAUGGCACAGUGUCAGGGUAGAUUUGGCCUCUUGUGGUAGCAGAUACAAGACGUGCAGUGAAGGAGAAUGUUGGCUUGGAAACUUUUCAUAUGAAACCCUACAGUUUGCUUUAUGCUGUGCACUUGGAAGUGCUUGCUUGGCUCUGAGCUGGAGAUACAGGCUAUGCAAGCUCAAGGGCUGGUGAGCAUGGCCUCUCCACCCAAGACUGAUGUCUGUGCCACCACAUUUUACUGUCAGCAAGGUUUUAAGUGGUUGGUCACAGGGAGCUUCAAAAGCAGCUCAACCUCAGUGGGGGAAAAUUGAGUUUGCUGUGCUAAGAUGGGCUAUAACCACUGGGAGCACAGCCUGUGAGCCUAGGUGAUGGGGAAUACAGCAGAGGACACCUGAGGACAGGAGGUGUGUGUAGCAGUGGUGAAUUCCAAAUCCUUUGCAUGGUUUUGCGUAUUAUUCUUAGAACUGUGCAUCCUUUGCAGGCUGCCCUUUCUCUGAGUAGCUAUCCUACGCAUGGUCUUUCUUCCAUCAGCUUUAGCAGAUACCACAGAAUUACCUAAAAUUGGGGAGGUUUUUCAGCUCUGUGGAUUGCAAAAAAAAAGAAAAAAUUCUUCAGCUUCUUUUACCUUCUCACAUAGUUUUUCCUUGGUCAUUAUUAUGAACUGUAAGCUGGAUGUGAUUUCUGAUACCUGACAAAACAGGCAGCUUGCCUUGUCUUGUUUCAUAAACAAUUCAGUGCCCCUCAAGAUGACUCUCCAAAAGCAGCAACCAUGCUACGACAAGUAGCAACUGGAAAAUUCUUCUUUCCCUGUAUGUUAAGAGAUGACAGGAUGCUCUCAGAGGGCUUCUGGCUUUGAGCUUAUAGGAGUCUUGGAGCAUCUCACAGGCACUGUGCUCCCUUUUGCCUCCUGGGUACUCUCAAGGCCAUCCCCAGAUUAUUUUACACCAUGUGUAGCCUUAAAAGAGGUGUUUUGCCUGUAUGAGGUCAAAGUGAUGAACUGAGCCAAGACCUCUAGAACCUGAGACCCUUCCCUUUAACCAUUAGGCUAACCAAAAUGCACAGGCAUUGUACAGGUGUCUGCCCAUACUGCUCCUUCAUGUGUUCUCUUGUGGGGUGGGAUCCAUGAAGAUGGAGAUGAGGUCAGGAUGUUGAGUUCUGCUUUGACCAGGCUUGUUUCUCCACCUUCACAAACAGAAGAAGAAUCUCAUCUGUGUCAGUUCUUGCUUUGUUGCUCUUUUCAGCAGUUGGUGGAAGGAGGAGUUCACAGUGAUGUCACUGGAGGUGAUUUUGGGGUGGAAUAUGUUUUGGGAAGCACGAUAUUGCUAUGUAGCUUCCUAACAGUGUCAAGUCAUCAAGUGAUGAUGGUCUAGGACUGGGAAGUGAAUUGGCAGAAGGGAGGAUCCUUCACUGACAGGAGCAAUACUGGAGAGCUGCAACCCAUCUUCUUGAGAUGUGGAGAUGUUUAUGGUCCUCAGGCAUGCCUCUGCUAGGGAACUGCACCAAAGAGGACCAAGUCUAUCCCAUAGGGGGCUUUGACUUUUAUAUAAAGAUAACUCUAAUUCUCUUGACAAAUGCAAUGUAUUCUUAUUUGCAUGGAAAAAUCAAUAUAAACAUAGGGAAAAUCUGUAUGGGCUUUCCUUAGAUCAUUUUAUUAUAACACUCCUGUCUCAAUCCCUUUUCUUUUUCUAAAUUCAGCAUUUUCAGGACCUCCUGUACCCAGACAAUGACAUGUGUGGGCAGAGGUGCACUAGCAGAGCUCCAUCCAACUGACCCUUGGAGUCCUUGGUGAUCUUUCUGUUUUCACUCUAUCUGCAAAGCUGGAGUGGUCCAAAUGCUGUGUUACGUGAUCCAGCUUAAGGGCAAUUUUUCUGGUGCUUGUACCCGUGCAGUUGUGGCACAUUUGCAGCUGGAUCGGAGGAGGCGCACACAGGCAAAGUGCUGUGAUUUUGAGCCAUAGUUCAAGUGCCUUCAGUCUUCUUCUAAGAAGCUCUUCACUGUGAAUUACCUUGGUCAUCUGUCUUCCAUAUAUAUUCCACAGGAGCAUCUCAGUGCUCGGCUUAUCUCAAGUCUCAGGAGUUUACGCUUUUCAGGAGUGCCUUGUUUGGGGAUUUUAGAAGCUAAAAUCUCUCUGAUGUGAUUUUUUUUUUCCUGCUCUUCUGUUAAUUUUUAAAUCUCCUUGUUUGGCUCUUAAUGGUGGCUCUGAUUUGACUGGCAGGGUUUUGGGGAAGACUUCCUCUGCUGCUGAAUUAGUUGUGAGGAGUCAGGUAACAAACAGAUGUUCCAGCCCCUUAGCUGGGGGAACUAAGCUUCAUAUUAGCUGGGGUGCAGAUCUCCUGACUGCUUUUGUUUAUGCAAUGAAAAUGAAGCUGGAAUGACACCUAGUGGCAAACUGUAUUGUGUCCCUGUACAGCCCUCUCCUGGUUUCCUUCCCUCAGUUCCUGGGUGACAUGCUCUUACAAAGAGAACUCUGGGUUUGGUGUGCUGAGUGAUGGUCAUGGACCACACCUGCAGUACUUAUGUUCAGCAACCUUCUCAGCAUGGCACAGUUUUAUCCUGAAGUGAUACAGUGAUCCUGAAGAGCAAUUAGACAACACAGGGGUGAGCAUGUGCACCCACUGGAACGUAUCAACCCCCAGUGUCUCAAGGAGAUGCUCACCAGCACCCUGCCCUGGGGGGGAGGCAUCUUGAGGGACACUAAGAGAAAGAAAAACCUAAAGACACCAAGGCUGGAAUCACUAGGUUUGGGACUUUCUCCCAUCAUGAGACACUAUGGUGCAGCUCAGGGUGUUGCUUUCCAGCAUAUUCUAUUUCAGGGGAAUGCGGUUGUAAGUAGUAGAGGGAAUGACGGUUGGUUGUCUUUUGGAACUUAGCAGUACUGUGUAAGACAUCCCCAUCGUUUUGCCCUGGGAGUUUGGCUGCUUUCUUGGGGGAGAAAUUUAUGGCUUCAAAGCAUGUGGCCUGUCAGAUGCAUGUUUUUUAUAUACUUUUUUUUAAGGGUUAUUGGGAAGGAAUGUGGAAAGGUCUUCCAGAAAUAACAUUAGGUGGUCUGCAGCCUUACAUUCAUGUAUUUUUCUUUGCAUUUUACUAAAACAGCAGUUACUUGUUCAUGUUUGAUUUACUUCUCACCCUUCUCAGGCUUCUAAAAACCUAACAUGUCAACCAAGUGGUGGUAGAAACCUCCGUUUCUUCAACCCAAGGGAAGUCUGUGCUAUUUGACACUGAGCUUGUGAGCAUCCAGAGGCUCCUGCCAGUCCCUGGACUGCAUUGUUCUUGGAAAUGCACAACUGGAUGUGAAGGCUUUAUAGCCAUGAUUGGAGUGCAAGGGCUCUGACCUGGCUUUGGUAGUGUUGUGGAAACCAGCUGCAGGGUGGGGACUCUGUUACAGAUUUAUGUUGAAAAUGAUAAAUCCUCAAACUCUUAACUUCUUUGGAAUUUGUUUAUUUUCUCCUUGUAGUCUUUUCUACUUCGGUAAUUUACUGCUCAGUUUCUCAGUCCUGUUUUUCUAUGUGGGUGUUUGGCUGAAGUACUAAUAAGGUCAACUUUGAUGCAAUGCACAAGCUGGAAUAGGAGGCAUGGGCAAUGUGACCACUUGGCAGCAGCUCUGGAUUUGGCUCUGCAGGAGCCAUGGUGAGUCCUGGAGUGAGAUAAAAGCAGCUGUACAGUGUCCUGCAGGUGUGAGAAGGCUCUCUUUGGGGGCCCUACAGUGCAGGCUUAGCAAAAGAUGGUCUUGUACAACACAGGUCAACUAGUGUGUGGCUGUUAAUAAGCCUCUUACUAGACUGCAUGGGACCAUAUUCUUAUUUCAAGUGAUGAUACUAAAGAUUUGGAGGGUUUGAGGUGGGUUAAAUUGAAAUCUCAAAUGUUUGACUUAAUUCAGUUUUCUAAAUGAAAGAGAGAUUGUUUUUUUGGGGGGGGGAAUCACACCCUCCGGAGGAGUUGGCAGCCUGUUGUCUGGCAGCAGCGGGAGCCCUGGGACUUGCAGGAAGGGUGAUUCUGUUCUGGCCUCUCACCAGCUUGGCUUUAUCCUGGAAAAUACCACAAAGUGCCUGUGCCACUUAGUGCCAGAUGCCAAGUUGCCUACACCACUCUGGGGAGGUUUUUGGUGCUUUUUUUGACUGCUCAGUGUCCUGUUUGAGCCUGGACAAAGAUCACAGCUCCCGGGUGCUCCAGAGGCAGGUGCCUGCAGGUCACUUGUGCUUUACUGUGCAGUGUAUUUGCCACAAAAAGAAAUGUGAAGCAGAAGGAUGCAUGGUGGCAAAAGCAUCAUGGAGCUUGGUACCUUCCACCCUUGGUGUCCCUUCAGGGGAGGGAGCUCUGCCUGCAUGAGGGCAGCUCUUUCUUCUUCCACUAUGCUCCCCUGUGUGGUGAUUCCAUGGGUCCCUCGUGUGUGAUGUGACUGUUGUACUGUGUUUGUCUGCUGAAUGUGGAAGAGAUUUGUGGCCCUGGCCAGGUGGGUUGGGAAUGAGGAGCUCCUGUGUGGAUGCCCAGAUGCCAUGAGUUUUCCUGUUGCCUUUCACUACGGAAAGACACCUCCCAGGACACUGUUAGGCUGGAGAUCUGCCAGCACUCACUGUUAUUUUUGGUUGCUGAAUUUCCGGUACUGGCUUGAAAUGAUCUGGAAGUAAUUCUGGUCGCAUCCUGUUCAUCUCCUUAAAGGGCUGUUUUGAGCAGCAUCCAGUUCUGUGACAUGCCUUUUGAAUCUUUACCCUGAAAAUUGUCUUGUUAGGAUGAAGUCUGAACCUUUGUAAUUAAUCUGUAACGUUACAAUUAGUGUGUACAGAAUUAUUUAUUUUGUGUACUCGGUCUGCUAAACAUGGAAGUGUAUCUGUGUA